AUGGAAACAAUUGAACUAUCUCAUAAUUCUUAUCAAUUAAUAUUUCAAAUUGAUAUAUUGCAAAAUCAUUUAGAUGUAAUCAGUGAUGUAUUGUUAUUAUCUAAAAUUGGCAUGAUUCCAAAAAACAUUCUUGAUGAAAAGGAAAUAAAAUUCGUUUACCAAAUUUUAAAUCAACAUAUACAAUUAAAUUCUUAUGAUGAAAUUUUUGAAUAUUGUUCAUUACAAGCUCUUUAUAAUCACACACAAAUUAUAUUCCGAAUUAAAGUUCCCAAUUUUGUAAAUUCUGAUUAUAAAUUUAUACUAUUAGAACCUAUACCUACAAAGAAUAAUGUAUCAAUAACAGUUCCUUAUCCUUUCGCAUUAAUUAGUGACAAAACUACUUAUUUUAUACCAAAGAAAUGUCCAAUUAUAAAUGAUAAAUAUAUUUGUCAUUAUGAAGAAUUAAUAGAUGUCUCACAAGAUCCAUGUUUCCCAAAGAUCCUUCGUGGAAAUCAGGCAAAUUGUACAUAUACUCAUGAUGAUAAAUCUGUUAUCAAACCAAUAUUCGAACAACACAUAAUGCUUAAAAAUAUAAUUGUAAAAGAUUUUGAAAAUUCAUGUAAUUUCACAAAGAAGUUUACUUGUUCAACAUGCCUCGUAAAAUUCGCAAACUGUACUGUAAAAAUCAAUAAAAAUGUUUUUCAUGAUAAAAUUGUUAAAUUUCAUGAAUUCUGGCAUGUUUUGCCUAUCCAUAACAUAAAGAUUGUCCAAUCUGAAAUUUUAAAUCCUAUAAACUUGAAAACAUUAAAUCAUCUUUAUAUUAAAAAUAGAAAAAGGAUUGAGGAGUCUGGAACAAAACAUCAAAUACAUUUUUCGACCACAACCUUCUUAUUUUUGUUAAUAAUUUCAAUUUUCGGAUUUUUUGUAAUCAAAAUUGUUUGUGGUCGAAAACACGCUAGCUCUCCGCAAUUAGAGACAGCCACAACAACACUUAGUGAACAUCUUUUCACUCCAGUGGUGGUGGCUUCAUCUGGGGGUGGAGGAAAUAUGUGCUAACACCUGCCACUUUUCCCAGGAUGAUCAUUAUGAUCUUAGCACGUCGCUACGUGCCUAUAUUCAAAACUAAGAAUGCUCUCAUGGGAACUUUAUAGAAUAAGCCAACUCAACUAUUGUAUAUUAUAAUGUCAAUUUUAUUUGCAAGUUCAGUAAU